UUAGUCCAAGAAAAGAAUGAACUCUCCACACUACUGAAAAACUCUUCAUGUAAGCACAUUUAUGCACAUCAAUCCAAACUUCUUCUGCUCAUCCCAACCACUUUACCUUUACCAUUUCCCCCCCACAAGAAGCUGCAGGUGAAAAAAAGAGGGAAUUCCCACCUGCAUUUCAUCUCCUGUUUUCGGGCAAUUCUCCAUGGGGAAAACCAGCUUUUUCGGUGCAAUUUUGGUGGCGGUUCUCGCCGUCGAUGCGUAUUUUGCUGCGGCGGCGGCGCCCGUCUACUCCUCGCGCCUGAUUCACAGGUUCUCCGACGAGGCCCGGGGCCUGUGGAGAAGCCGCGCGGGCGAGGAGGCGGCGUCGUGGCCGGAGAGAAAGAGCUUGGGGCACAUGAGGGUGCUGUUGGAGAGUGAUUUGAAGCGGCAGAGAUUGAAGCUUGGAGCUCAGAAGCAGCUCGUGGUUGCUUCCCAAGGCGGAGAUACCUUUAAUUACGGCAAUGACAUGGGUUGGUUGCACUACACAUGGAUUGAUAUCGGGACGCCAAACAAUUCCUUCCUUGUUGCUUUGGAUACUGGAAGUGAUAUGCUUUGGGUUCCUUGCGACUGUGUCGAGUGUGCUCCGCUCUCUUUAAGUCACUACAACAUGCUGGAUAAGGAGCUAGGUGAGUACAGCCCGUCCCGUUCUAACAGCAGCAAGCACAUACCGUGCAGCCACGCACUCUGUGAAAUGGGGCCUAAUUGUGAAUCUCCAAAUGGCCGCUGCCCUUAUUCUGUCCAGUACUUGUCUGACGAUACGUCGAGCUCCGGAUUCCUUUUUGAAGAUCAGUUGCAUCUUGCCUCGGUCAGAGGAAGUAAACAGAAAAGCUCUGUUCAGGCUGCCAUAGUUGUAGGCUGUGGCAGCAAACAAACUGGUGUAUAUUUAAAUGGAAUUGCUCCUGACGGUCUAAUGGGAUUAGGGCCGGGAGAUGUUUCUGUUCCGAGUUUGCUCGCGAAGUCGGGACUCGUUCCUCAUUCGUUCUCAUUUUGCUACGAUAAGAGCUACUCCGGUAGGCUCUACCUCGGUGACCAAGGGCCUGCUUCUCAAAGAUCAACUUCUUUUGUUCACGUAAAAGGAGACCACGUUGCUUACUUCGUUGAAGUGGAAGAUUAUUGUGUUGGGAGUUCCUGUCUAAAGCAAAGUGGAUACCUAGCACAAGUGGAUACCGGCUCAUCAUUCACAUAUCUUCCUAGCAAGAGCUAUGAACAAGUCGUUUCUGAGUUUCACCGACAAGCUAAUGCAACGAGGACCACCAUACAAGAUUUUGAUAGCUGUUAUAAGGCUCGUUCGCUCGACAUAUCAAAUAUUCCCCGUAUGAAAGUUGUUUUCCCCACGAACCAGAGUUUUGAAGUCGACAAUCCCCUAUUCUACAUUGCUGAUGAACAGGGAGGCUUUUAUUGUUUAGGUAUACAACGAUCUGAUGGAGAUACCGGCAUCAUUGGACAAAAUUUUCUGAUGGGUUACCGCCUCGUUUUUGAUUGGGAGAAAAUGAAGUUGGGCUGGUCUAUUUCCGAUUGUCAUGAUAUCGGAGAAGACAGUGAUGGAGUUCAUCUACCACCUUCUCCAAGCGACGUGUCGCCAAAUCCCCUACCAACGAACGAGCAACAGCAGAGCCCGCGUGGACAUGCUGUGGCGCCUGCUGUUGCCGGUAGGGCUCCUGCGAGACCCUCUGCAGCUUCCCCCCCUCCGGCUACCUAUCGGUACAAGCUCUGUAGUUUGUCGCUGUUUCUGUGGAUUGCAUAUGUGACUUAUAUAAUUUGAGAAUCUGCAGUUGGUAUAUCUAUCUAUCUGUAUAUCUGUUUCUUUCUCUAUGCAAUCUUAGUCAUCCAAUAGUUCCUAUCAAAGGACAUUAGUCUCAAAUUUUGAAAAGGUUAUUCCAUUUCAUUUUUCACCA